AUGACGGGGAAAGAGGAAAUGAUUUCAGCGAAUUUUAGCAAGUCCAAAACUAUUUCGAUUUCCCAGAAUCUGAUAGGUAACGAGCGGUCAAAAGGCAUUUCUGGCUCCGGGAAUACGUCGAGGUGCACGGGUUUUGGGAUUCAGGAAAUUCUUGGACUGAAUAAAGACCCGCCCGCGCCGACGCGGAUGAUCUCCGAUUCCCUGCCGGCCACGGCUCACCUGGUGGCGGCAAGGACGGUGUUGACACCCGCUGGGGUGGGGCUGGUCGGAGCCGCCGGCCUGCCGGCCUUUUACGGGCAAUCUACCUUCCUGGACGUGUUGUCGGAGCACCCGGGGGUCCACGCAGCUCCUCCCGCUCACCUGCAACCCCUACGCCGAGGCGCAAUCCACCUGGAGACCAGUCAGGAAGUCAGUUCAGAUUCUGAAGACAUUUCAUCAAGUGACAGGAAACUUUCCAAAUCCAAUCUGAGCCAAACGAAAAAGAGAAAGAAAAGGCGCCACAGGACUAUUUUCACUUCUUAUCAGUUGGAGGAGCUGGAAAAGGCAUUUAACGAAGCUCACUAUCCAGAUGUCUACGCACGGGAAAUGCUGGCCAUGAAAACAGAGUUACCAGAGGACAGGAUUCAGGUGUGGUUCCAGAAUCGUAGAGCCAAAUGGAGGAAGCGUGAGAAAUGCUGGGGCCGCAGCAGUGUCAUGGCUGAAUACGGGCUGUACGGAGCGAUGGUGCGGCACUCCAUCCCACUGCCGGAAUCCAUCCUGAAGUCAGCAAAGGAUGGGAUCAUGGAAUCCUGCGCCCCGUGGCUUCUCGUUCAAGAUGGCUUACCAAUGACCAGACGAUUUUCUAAAACCGAGUACCAACAAUUCUUUCUAGGAAUGCACAAAAAGUCCCUCGAGGCAUCUGAGGUGGUGAGGAAAGUGGAAGCUGAGCACAGCAGUCAGCCCAGCCAGGAGGACAAAGAGCGAGAAGUCAAGAACAAGGAUUCCAAGACGGCCAUUUCUAAAGAGGAACUGCGGGAGAGCAGCAUAGCCGCCCUCAGGGCGAAAGCACAGGAGCACAGUGCCAAAGUGUUAGGAACGGUGUCCAGUGACGGUCAAGGCAAGAUGGCGGAAGAGGACAGGCCCGAAGAGAUGAAGAGCGAGCACUCAAAAGCAAUGCAAGAAGAGAUGUCGACUGAAAAGUUCUAA